AUGUUCCUGUCAAUUAGUGCAUUUUUGGGGAAUACUCUGAUUCUUGUUGCGCUACACAGAGAAUCUUCACUUCGUCCACCUUUUGCUUCCAAAUACCUGUAUCGUAACCUAGCGAUAACGCAUCUCUGUGUUGGUAUCCUUGUGGAGCCCACGUAUAUUGCCUAUUUGAUGUCCUUGAUGGACAAAAGAUUCGAUAUUUGUCAUUACUCACGUGUGACAUGCUUUUUCAUAACAUUUGUAUUUUGUGCAGUGUCUUUCCUGACAUCCUCUGCAAUAACCGUGGACAGACUUAUCGUUAUUUUGCUGAGGCUAAAGUACAGACACGUGGCCACUAGUUUUAAAGGAAAAGUUAUAAUUGUUGUUGUUUUAUGGAUUUUGGGCAUUUUUGGUGCGUCAAGGUACUUCUGGAAUCGUCUUUCAAAAGCGUGGCUCUGGGAAAGAGCAUUAUAUUAUGGGUUCUUUUUCUGGCCACCUCAAUUAUCUCUUUCAUAAAAAUUUUCUUUUCUCUUCGUCGAAACCAAAUUCAUGCCCAAAACGGUGUUUCUCAAGAACAAACGAGCCGAAUCAUUCCACUAUACCGCGUAGCCUGGUACAGAAAGUCAGUGUGCAGUGCAUUCUGGGUACAGUUAACACUGGUUGCUUGUUAUCUGCCUUUGACCGUAGUAGAGGCAUUGACACCUCAAAGAGGGCCAGUACCUAUAUCGCUUUACCUUGCUACAGAAUUUGCUGUUACUUUCGUUUAUUUGAACUCAUCAAUAAACCCGCUGCUUUAUAGCUGGAAGAUCCCAGGAGUAAAGCAAGCAGUAAAAAUAAUAAUCAGACAACUGCUUUGUUCAUCGACAUAG